AUGAAGAUGACGGUUACGAAGAGAAGCGGUGCUAGAGCUUGGAUGCUCUUGUUCCUGUUGCUGAUCCAUGAUGGCAAGUGCAUCAAGUGGCUGGCUCUCGGCCGUACCGGAGAUGGCUACACGUGGACGAGGGAGGCCUGCACCAGCGCGAAAAGCUCCGGGCUUUUGGAGAGAAAGCAGGCAAGGGCGUGCAGAGCCACGCCGGACGUGAUGCCCAGCCUGGUGCAAGCUGCGAGGGAUACCUCGACGGUGUGCCAGCAAGCAUUUCGACAUCGUAGGUGGAAUUGCAGCAGCAUCGAGCGUGCGCCAGAUUACACGCCUGAAUUACUUACCGGAACCAGGGAACAAGCAUUCGUAUAUGCGAUGUCAGCAGCGGCUGCAGUUUGGAGGUUAGCGAGAGGAUGCGCUCUGGGCAGUCUCGCGGCCUGCUCGUGCGCGACGCCGCCACGGAGGGAGCCACCGUCGCCGUCCGCCCUGAUCUCGCCAUCAUCUUUCACCGCGACGUCGGUCUCCUUUGGUACCCUGUCCGCAAGGAACUCCUUCAAGUGGGGUGGCUGUGGCGACGACGUCAGGUCUGCAUCCCGGAUGGCUAAGAGGUUUCUCCAGGGAGCGUCGCCUCCUGGCACUGGUGCAACCGCGAAGUUCAUGCACGCUGUUAACAUGCACAACAACCGCGCGGGUCGAAGGGCAGUGGAACAAUCCUUGACCUUGGAGUGCAAGUGUCACGGAGUAUCCGGAUCAUGCAGCGUACGUACCUGUUGGAGAGGGCUCGGUUCCUCGGGACCAGCAGCUGCAGGAAGUCGAUUGCUUCGAAGAUACGCGACUGCGGCGGAAGUCCGACCGAGAUCUGGGGGAAGGUUACCACCCUUGUACCACCAUGACAAUUUGCUGUACACCACCAAGAGCCCGGACUACUGUCUUCCUGAUAGAAAGAGAGGGAGUCUUGGAACUGUUGGCAGGCAAUGUAACGGCAGCAGUACUGGAUACGAAGGUUGCGAGUAUCUCUGUUGUGGUCGUGGCCACAUAACUAAAACCGAAGAGGUUUUAGAAAGAUGCGACUGCAAGUAUAUCAGCUGCUGUUACGUGAAAUGCAAGACGUGCAGGAAGGUGAUGAAAACCUACGAGUGCAAAUGA